GUCACAUAUUCAUUAGCUGUGAAUACUAACUUGAAUUAUAUAUAAUAAAUAUCGCUAAUAUCAAAGCUUGCAGAUUAAACCAGAUCAUGAUUGGUUCGAUACUGGCCGUUACGACUUGUUUAUAAACUCGCCCGGACCCACACGUAAAGCCAAUCAAGACACAGGCAAAUAGUCGAGCAGAGGACCUGUUCAUAUAUGGCACCCAAAAAGUUGCACACAUGCCCUGGCCACCGUCCGAUCACAGAUCUCGUGCCUCUCGAAGCAACCGCAGUUUCUCGUACCUCAUAUCCAACGGUUAUAAUGUAUGUGUGCGUCUCUCUCUCUAAUAAUAAUAAAAAAAAAGGCAGCAGAGCCAACAACGAGAACAGAAGAAAAGCGUGGAGAAAAAUAGGAAAAGUGAAACCGCCCGCUCUCACUCUCUCUCGUGCUUAUAUUCCCACAUCACUCACCGUGUUCUAUACUAACAGUGUUUAUUUCUUUUUGGGGGUGGGAUGUCGAUGGGGGGACCGGCGGCGGGAAUAAGGAUGGCGGCGAUGGAGGUGGCUAUGGCGGUCGUAGUGGUGGUUGGGAUGAUGACGAGAGGGGUAGGGGAAGUGACGUGGUGCAUAGCGAGGAGUGCGGCGGGAACAACGGCGCUGCAGACGGCGCUGGACUACGCGUGCGGGUCCGGGGCGGCGGACUGCACGCCGGUGCAGUCCAGCGGCCUCUGCUACCUCCCCAACUCGCUCGCCGCCCACGCCUCCUACGCCUUCAACAGCUACUACCAGCGCUCCAAGGCCGCCCCCGGCGCCUGCGACUUCGCCGGCACCGCCACCGUCACCAUCACCGACCCCAGUUACGGAUCGUGCACAUACCCUUCUUCUGCAAGCACUGCAGGAGGCUCAACAAGUACACCAAGAACUAAUACUCCCUCCAAUACACCAGCAACAACCUCUAUACCGCCUUCUACACCAAACUUUGGCAGCACUGAUGGUGGUGUUGGUGGGCUGAGUCCUCCAGGGUUUGGCUCAACGGUGCCUAAUGCUGAUACAUCUAUUGCUUCUCCUAUGUGCCCCCAUUUUCUGACCAGUUGCCUUUACUUCAUCUCAUUGCUAAUCUGAUGGAUUAGGUUAGGCUUUUCAAGUGCACAUUAUUGUAUUUGCCACAAUUUUGUUUGAGCACUUUGUGGCAGUUUUUAAUUACGAUGUGCUGAUCUUGCAACUUCCAAAUGUUUGUGAGGAAAGAGAUGGUGGGUGUAGGCACUGGGAUAUGGCAUCCUCUUCUCCAUCUACUGAAAAAUAGGGAUCUAAAUCUAAAUGUGCAUCCUUUUCAUUCUUGUAUGUGCUUCAUGGGUUUUAGUUGUAGUUACAAGUGUAAAGAUGACCUUACUUGCUUAUAAGUGGCUUGUCAGUUCCCAAGGUUGUCUCUAACAAGAAGUCCUGGGUUGGCCUGAUGCUCAACAUGGUGAAUGGCUUGGAGCUGCUGUUUUAAAAAAUGUGCUGACUCUGUUCUUCAUGGCUAAGAACUUGAAUUUUUUGACAUAUGGAGAUCUACAAUGAUGUGCCACAAGAGGACUUCCAAGAUUUGAAGAAUUGAUGAUGAUCUUUGGUACACCUGAAGCAACUCUUAUAAUGCAUCAUUGCAUAUCUUGCUUUUCAACAAGCACUAGAUGUGAUUAAAUGUGGUGUUGUUUUUGUUGGUACAACAUAAAGAAAAAGGUAAGAAAACAAGCACUGGCAUCCAUAUGUUAUCUUUUUUGGCCCAUGAUUUUUGGUCUAGUGUCCUCUACACUGACAAAUUAUUGAGGGAUGUGGAAUCAGGUCUUGAAGAGCUUCCAAGUGCUCAAGGGAUCAUUCUUUGUUGACCAUGCUGAAAAUAAUUACUGAGAAGGAAGUGUGGUGCCUGCAAAGAACUUAAGUUGCAUAUUAAGAGCCUGGCAACAUCAUGCUCAUAUUAAUUAUUUUCAUGUGAUCAAAUGUUCACAAGAUAGCUGAUAUAGAAUUCCAAUUCUAUGCAAGUUGUCCUACUAUAAGACAUACACAAGGGUUUUUGGUAGGUUAGCUAGAUGAUACAUCUUGACAUCCUUUAGCUAUGUAACUGUAUAUUUCUUUUAGAUGGUGUUUGAUGAAGCUGAAGAAGAGAGCAAACCUUAACUUUGCUAGUGAUCUCUCAGAGCAUCCUAAUGAGUACGGCAAUGCAAGCAAAAGGUCUUCCAAACCAAGAGUCAGACUACAAGCUGACUUAAUAUGCUGCAAGAUUUAUGUGAUGAUUUCAGG